AUGAUUUUUGAAGCAAAGCAAGAUGGAAGACGCAAAGGAAGAUUGGUUUGCGGAGGUCACCUCGUGGACCCACGAGGCAUCUCAACCCGGUCAACAGUUGUGAAGGGCGUCAGUGUCCGCCUUCUGGACAUGAUUGCUGAUCACUACGGUUUGACAAUUGUCCAUGGUGACGUUGGCAAUGCAUUUAUAACUGCUAAAUGCCUGGAAGAAAUUCACUCGGUUGCCGGACCUGAGUUUGGAGAGCGCGAAGGCGCUGUUAUUACUAUUAACAAAGCCCUCUAA